UCAACUCACACUCUUUAAACAAAGCAAGAAUAAUCCAAAACACAUUUGCACUUUUUAUGCCACAAAAUAAAAUCCAAAAGUGUCUGUUAGGCUAAGCCUUAGCAACAAACAUGUCACACACUAAUCUGUGUGGAAGCUGUUAAAGCUUUAAUAAACUCAUUCCUCUGUUCCAUCAAUGGCUUCUUUUCUUUCCUUAUCUCUUCCGAAACUAAACUUGAUAAAAGCCUCAUCAACAUCUGCUACUACUACUUCUACUAGUGUCUCCACUCCUGAGGCACUCAACGAGAAAUUCGGCCGAAAAGGCAUCAAGUUCUGUGAAGCUGACAGUGUCCCGGUUGUGGAGCUUUCGGUCCGAAAUGGCAGCUCAUUGAGCCUAAGGAUACCUGAUGCUCAUGUGACAUCUUACAGGCCACAUGUUUAUUGGAAAGAUGAUGGUUUUGAGGAGGUGCUUUAUACAAUUCCGGCUGCCGAAGCCGGCCUAUACAAGGCCAAGGGUGGGAUUGGUUUGAUCUUGAAUGAAGCAGUGCAACCUGGAGGCAGACAGUUACUCCCUUCAACUUUAGAGUGGACUGUAAAUGAUGCUGACUUCGACGCCAUUGAUGCUGUCCAGGUUGAAUUGAGCUGCACUAGUAGAUUUUUGGACAUCACAUACGUUGUGAGCCUUUAUCCAGUGAGCAUGGCCACAGCAGUUAUAGUGAAGAACAAAGCUCCUAAGGCUGUUACUCUAAACAAUGCCAUACUCAGCCACUUUAGAUUCAAGACAAGAAAUGGUGCAGCAAUUCAAGGCCUUAGAGCCUGCUCAUACUGUUUGCACCCUCCUCCGUCUUCGCCUUUUCAAAUCCUGACUCCGGCCGAUGCCACGAAAUCCGAGCCUCCCGGAUGGCUUUCCUUCGGCGCUGAGCCGGAACCAAAGCCGGGGACAUGGGGUCAGCAAGACCUGACUUUUACACUUCUUGAGAAUAAGAUGAGUAGAGUCUAUGCAGCACCUCCAAGUGAAAGAUCAAAGCCAUUUUACAAUACUCCACCUUCCAAGUAUGAAACCAUUGAUCAGGGACGAGAGCUUUGCUUCAGGGUAAUAAGAAUGGGAUUUGAGGAUAUUUAUGUAUCAAGCCCUGGUUCAUUGUCAGAGAAAUAUGGAAAAGACUACUUUAUAUGCACUGGCCCUGCUUCAAUACUGGAGCCUGUGACUGUGAACCCUGGAGAAGAGUGGAGAGGAGCACAAGUUAUUGAGCAUGACAAUCUCACUUAAAAUCCCAUUUUGUUUUUGCUGUAAAUCUUUCUUUCUUUCUUACCUACUAUUCUCCAAUCCUUUUAUGAUUUUUUGUAUAUGAAGCAUUAUCUGAAUUGUUCUUGCCAAAAUUCAUACAACUUUUAAUUGACUUACAUUGAAUACCAUCAAUGAAUGAAAUUUAGUUACUAUUCAUUCUCUAUUAACAA